UUCUCCAUCUUAUUUAAACCCAAAUCCCCUCUCUGUUUCGUCUGUCUCUUCGACCCAUUUCCCCUCUUUGAGCUGCCGUCUUUCACCCACCCAUUAAGGCACAACAAUGUCAGCUUACAAAGACGAGGAUCCUCGCAUCCAUGGCAUCAGGACUAAGAUUCGUGUUGUGCCUAAUUUCCCUCAACCAGGUAUCAUGUUCCAAGACAUAACCACUCUGCUACUCGACCCCAAAGCAUUCAAAGAUACUAUUGAUUUGUUCGUCGAGCGAUUCAAAGGGAAGAACAUUUCAGUUGUUGCAGGAAUUGAAGCUCGAGGUUUCAUAUUUGGCCCUCCGAUUGCUUUGGCUAUUGGAGCAAAAUUUGUUCCUUUAAGGAAACCGAGGAAGCUACCUGGAGAAGUUAUUUCUGAAAAAUACACAUUAGAAUAUGGAAGUGAUUGCCUGGAGAUGCACGUUGGAGCUGUCAAACCACACGAACGGGCCUUAGUGGUGGACGACUUGAUUGCCACAGGCGGCACCCUUUGUGCAGCCAUGAGUUUACUUGGGUCGGGAGCGGUUGAACGGGAAGCCAUUGUUCGUGCUAGUAGAGUACCAUUAACUCGAGCCAAUGUGAGAAAAAAAAACCAUCAUCCCUUUCAACCUCUACCCCACACACAAGAAAGAAAGGAAAAGACAGGAGAAUCUGUUGAAAUGCCAUUUUCACUGACCAAUGAUUUGGUAGUGAGUUUGGGUAGGAGCCGUAAAAUUGUAUCUUGUACACCAUUCAAUAGUGAAACGGGGUAUUCUGAUAGAUAUGCUUGUAGCUGAACACUGUGCCCUGUUUUUCUAGUUGAAAACAAACUUAAUUACAAUAUUUUGAAUUAGAAAGUGUUUCAUUCAAUCAACAUAACGUCGAGUUGAGGUUUGAUCGAGAACGAACAAAGGGAUGAAACUAAUUGGGUUGCUUUAAUGCUAAGAACUUUGGUUGAAAGAAAGCAUUCAAGCAUGGAUGUGGAAUGUGAAGCUGAAGAUUAUAUGUUGUUUUA